AUGCGGCUCUCUUGCGCCUCCUGGCUCUUACUGGGGAGCUUUAUUCCUGCCUUAUCAGCUGUCCCAUCCCCCACCCCGCUCUCCACGGAAUCAAUUGAUCCCAAACACUUCGUCUCUGAGCACGCCUCCAACAAGGAGAGACGACGAGCUGUCAAGGAAGCGUUCAAUUUCUCGUGGAGGAAUUAUGCCAAGUAUGCAAUGCCCCAUGACUCGCUUCGUCCAUUGGAUAAGUCUUAUGAAGAUGAUCGCAAUGGAUGGGGCGUCACGGCUGUUGAUGCGUUGAGUACGGCCAUUAUCAUGCACGAAAAAGAGACGGUGAAUGAGAUUCUUGAGUUUAUUAAGACAAUUGACUUUACUACGACGGCCAAGGAGAAUGAGUUGAUUUCACUCUUUGAAUCGACAAUCCGCUACAUUGGAGGCCUUAUCUCAGCUUACGAUCUUCUCAACGGCCCCUAUAAAUCCCUCGCCUCAUCAAACCCAUCUUCCAUCAAAAUCCUUCUAGACCAAGCUGAGUCUCUCGCAAAGUCACUCAGCGUCGCAUUCACAACCCCGACCGGUGUCCCCGACGGCAUCGUCGUCUUCAACCCAACAUACCGCAAGGGUGGCUACACGACCAACUCCAUCGCCGGCACGGGCACCCUCGUCCUUGAGUGGACGCGUCUCAGCGACCUGCUCAGCGAGGGCACCUACGCGAACCUCACCCAGCACGCAGAAAAAUACCUGCUGAAUCCCAAACCUGAGAGUGGUGAGCCGUUUCCGGGGCUUGUGGGUACCCAGGUUAGUCUCGAGACGGGAGAUUUUGUCGAUUCUCGCGGCGGAUGGGGCGCGAGCUCUGAUUCCUUCUAUGAGUACCUGAUCAAGAUGUACGUGUACGAUCCCGUCGCGUUUGAAGAAUACAAGGAUCGUUGGGUACUUGCCGCGGACUCAAGCAUCAAGUAUCUCGCCUCUCAUCCCUCCACCCGCGAGGACUUGACCUUCCUAUCCAAGUUCUCCAACCGAACAACGGACCCCACCUCUGGCCACCUUGAUUGCUUCUCCGGCGCCAACUUCAUCCUCGGCGGUCUGGUUCUCGAGAACAAAAGGUACACAGACUUUGGCCUAAAGCUGGCAGAGUCGUGUUACCAUACUUACGCCUCAACACCCACCGGCAUCGGCCCCGAAGCCUUUCGCUGGAUCGACGCUGCGGCGUCCUCCUCGCAAGUACCCGCCCAGUACGAAGCCUUCUACUUAAAAUCCGGAUUCUGGCCCACUUCAAGCGUGUACAUCCUCCGUCCCGAGACAUUGGAAAGCGUGUACUACGCCUACCGCGCGACGCGGGACACAAAGUGGCAGGACCGUGCGUGGGAUGCGUUUCUGGCGUUGAAUGAGAGCUGUCGAGUAGAGGGCGGGUUUGCGGGAUUGAGGGAUGUUAUGAAUGCGACUAGGGGGUAUACGACUAAGAUGGAGAGUUUUUGGUUAGCCGAGACCUUGAAGUACUUGUAUUUGACCUUCUUGGGCGAUGACGGGGAGGAGGUGCAUGUUGAUGGGAAGGGGAUGAGGUUUGUGUUUAAUACGGAGGCGCAUCCUUUGCAGGUUCGGAAUUUCGGGAGGAAGUAG